GAUUAAACACUCUGAGCUGUACAGGAACAGGAUUCAGAUAUCUCCACCUAAACCACCAGUGUUCACCAGUCUCUACCAUUAGCGCUUUCUCGGUUCUCCAGCAGAACAUCAGGGUUCAGACAGCAUGAAGUCCGUACGGUUCAUCAUGAGGAACGCCGCUCUGGCCAAUGUGCCGAAGCACGUCGACCACUUCUCCAAGUUUUCACCAUCACCUCUAUCAAUGAAGCAGUUCCUGGACUUUGGUUCCAUAAACGCCUGUGAGAAGACCUCCUUCAAGUUCCUCAGGCAGGAGCUGCCGGUCAGACUCGCCAACAUCAUGAAGGAGAUCCGCCUGCUGCCCCCCCGCCUCCUCAGCACCCCCUCCGCUCAGCUCGUACACAGCUGGUAUGUCCAGAGUUUAAUGGAGCUUCUUGAUUUCCUGGAUAAAAGCCCAGAAGAUCAUGUGGUUCUGCAGGACUUUGUGGAAGCCCUGGUGGCGAUAAGAAACCGCCAUAAUGACGUGGUUCCCACCAUGGCUCAGGGCGUGAUUGAGUAUAAAGAGGCGUUUGGACAGGACCCCGUCACCAGCCAGAACAUUCAGUACUUCCUGGAUCGGUUCUACAUGAGCCGCAUCUCCAUCCGCAUGCUCAUCAACCAGCACACAUUGAUCUUUGACUCCGCCUCCCAGCCGGCCCCCAGUACCAUUGGCUGCAUUGACCCCAACUGCAAGGUCACUGAAGUCAUUGAAGAUGCGUAUGAAUGUGCGAAGCUGCUGUGUGAGCAGUACUACAUGUGCUUUCCUGAGCUGAAGCUCCAGGAGAUAAAUGUGAAUAACAAGACUGAACCCAUCCGCAUCUCCUAUGUUCCCUCACACCUCUACCAUGUGCUCUUCGAGCUCUUCAAGAAUUCAAUGAGAGCUACAAUUGAGAACCAUGAGUCCAGCAGCUCUUUACCACCCAUUAAAGUCAUGGUCGCUCUGGGAGGAGAAGACCUGUCAAUCAAGAUGAGUGACAGAGGAGGCGGAGUUCCUUCCCGUAAGAUUGAGCGUCUCUUCAGCUACAUGUACUCUACAGCCCCCCGCCCAGAGAUCACCACCCAGCGCCGCACACCACUGGCCGGUUAUGGUUAUGGGCUGCCGCUCUCUCGUCUCUACAUUCGAUAUUUCCAGGGGGAUCUACAGCUCUACCCACUGGAGGGCUUCGGCACUGACGCCAUCAUUCACAUGAAGGCUCUGUCCACAGACUCGGUGGAGAAGCUUCCGGUGUUUAAUAAAACCGCACUGCGCCACUAUAAAUCCAGUCAGGAAGCAGAUGAUUGGUGCGUUCCGAAGAAAGAGCCGCUGGAUUUGGCCAGAAACAGCUCGGCUAAGUGAAGAUCUGGACCGGACCGCUGCAGAGCGGAUCUGAGACCAAAUCUAAAGCUGGGACCAGCGAGGGACCCUCCGUCUGCUGAGGGACCACCCUGACCAAACUCCCAGAAAGAACCACAGUGUUCUUUAGGCCAGUGGAACUGAGAGGUGGCCAAAGUCCAAGAACCUGAAAAACAAAACUAGGAGUGGAGAACCUGCAGGAAAGCGUGAAGAGCACGGGAAGAGUGUGUGUGGAAGUGUGUGUGUUCACAGUUCUGAAACAGAAAGUGUUUUUAGAAGAGCGUGGACCACAGAAUCUUUAAAAUGCAUUUUAAUGACCCUCUGCUAAAACCCAAAGUCUUGAAGCCUUAACUGCUGUUAAGAUGCAACAGUGAGUUUAAUCAUAACCAGAAAACCUUAGAAAAAUAAUAUAAUUAAAUUACCAAUCAUGAGUUACAUUAAUCUCUUUAAUUCUCAGUUCUUGAGUCUUAAAGCUUAGGUUCACUGCAGACUGACUGAAGUUUUCUACAGUUAUAGGCAUUAAACUGAGGACUGGAUUUCCUUACAAUCUAGCAAAUAACCUUAAGACCAAUCCAACAAAUGCUGUUUUUGCUUUUUGAUAACGUGGUAGCCUUCUGGAGUUGCAUAAACACUUAGAAACAUAAUAAAUACAGAAGAAAACCCAGAACUUUUAGCAUUUUUAGUGAAAAUAACAUGCAAAAACACCAAUUUUAUAUAUACAAACCUGGUAUAUAUGGUAACAAUUCCCAGCAGAAGACCUUAAACAUCUUUAUUCUUUCGCUCUUCAAUCUGCUGACAUGUUACAACCAACUGUUCAUGUUUAAAUCUAUGGUUAUAGUUGAUCUAAAACAAAAAAAACCUUAAGAACAAAGAUUGAAAAGUGGGUGAAUUAUUAAAUGUAUGGGAUGUACCAUAUUUAAGUGCACUUAAAAUCCUUAAAUUUUUUAAAAAUCAUCAGUACGCCUUAUGUAUGAAUUCUUCCAGUCUGGUAUUGGGUAGCAGUGAAGUUUCUCCAGCACCAAGGCUGUAGCAGUAUUAGCAUUAGCUGCUAACUGUGCUAGUGCUAGCUCUUUCACUGUUCAGAGGCGAGUAUAUCGGACUGUAGUCUGCGUGUUUACCGUAUUAAAACAAGUCAAGACUUGACUUGACUUAAAACAAGCUUAAAACAAGCUAAAACGCCUUAAAACAAGCUACCGCUAGCUGAUAGUGCCCUGGCUUACCAGAACACUCAGGGUUCCUCUGUGUAGCGCUGUUGGCCGGUGUUUACUAGCGCUAAGUGCUGCUAACCGUGGCUAGCGCUGCUAAUAACCCCAAAUAAACAGUUUUCAGGAGAGAAAUCUGUGUAGAUUUACGUUCAGCACUUGUUAAACGUUGAAAGAUAAUGUUUUAAGAAUUUUAAGGAUUACAGCUACAAGGGAAAUAUGGCGACACCCUUGUUCCUUACUAGUGUCGCUUAAAAUGAGCCUUAAAAUAAUCCGGUGCACCUUAUGUAUGAAAAUAUACCAGAAAAUAGACAUUCAUUGAUGGUGCACCAUAUUGUUGGUAUGUAAAAUACAGUAGGUGAAUGUCUAAAAAACUAAGUACAGAAAAGAAACAAUUAAAAAAAAAAGUUUCUCUUUUUAUAUAUGUAUUAUAAUUAAAGCCAAUAACAGGAAUACUAUCAUGAACACUAAUUUUAAUUUCAUGCUCACUGGGAGAUAUAAAUGUCUGAAAGCAGAACUGAGGGUUUAUUUGGGUUAAAAAUCUGUUUGAAGCUCUUUUCUGAUGUUAAAAUGAUUCUGUGGUCCAUGAUGAAGAGCUCAGUCCCAAAUGGUGUCCUAUAAGCCCUGUAAUACGUUUAAGUCCAUACUCGAUCUAUAGAGAAAGAAGCUUGGAAUGGGAGGUUUGGCUAAAAUAUGAGUUUUAGGACCAGAUUCCUACAGUUUCAGCCAAGUUCCUUCACUGUGAUUGGUCCACAGUAAGGUCUAUCAAAAAUCCCCCAUGGUCAUCCAGUUCCUACAGCUUCACAGUCCUCAACUGCAGGGCUAAGAGCACCAUUUGGGGUCAUUUGCGCUUUAUUCGGAAGUCCUGAGAUGAGAUAAAGUGUGUGUUUGUGGAGAAAAGAAAGGAAAAUCAACGGUUAAUGUAGAUGGAGGGAGAUGAAGAGGUUAUAUUAAAGUAAAGUAAGAUUUAAUAGCACUUUUCCUCUGCAUCGUUCCUACACUACUCGACUUUACUCUACAGACAAACUCCAGUCCAGCUAAGCUUCUUUAAUACAUUUACAUUCUACUAAAAUAUAUUCAUUUACAAUCAGCAUAUAUGCAGCUGAAACAGGGAACAGUGCACUAUAGGACUCUGUGGGCGUGGCCUAAACUUUUCAAUCACUCAACCUUUAAUUUUACAACCCUCAUUUUCAGUGUAACUGAGCAUUUACAAAAACAGAGAUUGACAUGAAAGAAAAUAAUAACUAAAUUUAAUCAUUUUAAAAUAACAGUAAAUAAAAAAUUUAAAUAGAUACAAAAUAAAAGUUGAUCAUAAUAAUAAUAAUAAUAAUAAUAAUAAUAAUAAUAAUA